GUCCUUCUUCUUUCUUUAUAAAAGCUAAGACUUGUUAAUGACUAGCUUGUGAGACAAACAUUAGGAGGGUGAAAAAGAAAUGCUAGAGAGUGAAGAGAAAAACUGGGUAAUAAUACCGCUUGCAUUUGUGCAAGAGCUCAAGAAGGCUUCCUCUAUAGCUGCACCAAUGGUGGUGGUGUCAAUUCUGCAGUAUCUUUUGCAAGUAGUAUCUAUUAUAAUGGUUGGACACCUUGGUGAACUUUCACUCUCUGGCGUUGCCAUUGCCACCUCUCUCACCAACGUAACCGGCUUUAGCCUUCUUUCCGGAAUGGCUGGUGGGUUGGAAACUCUAUGUGGGCAAGCUUAUGGAGCAGAGCAGUUUCAAAAACUUGGAACCUAUACUUAUACUGCAAUCAUUUCUCUCAUUCUGGUUUGUCCCCCAGUUUGUGUUCUAUGGAUUUUCAUGGACAAAAUAUUAAUUCUCUUAGGCCAAGACCCUACAAUAUCCCUUGAAGCUUGCAAAUACUCAAUGUGGCUCAUUCCUGCACUAUUUGGCGGUGCAGUACUUAAGCCACUUACUCGUUACCUGCAGUCACAAAGUUUGACUCUUCCAAUGCUCUUUAGCUCCAUUGUUAUUCUAUCUUUUCACAUACCUGCAUGUUGGAUUCUUGUGUAUAAGUUGAAAUUAGGAAGUCAUGGUGCAGCAAUAGCCUUCGGUUCAUCAACUUGGCUGAACGUGAUAUUACUAAGCCUUUUUACGAUUUAUUCUUCGGCAUGUGAAAAAACACGUGUCCCUUUUUCAAAAGAUGUUUUGCUUGGUAUCUCAGAAUUCUAUCGCCUUGCUAUCCCUUCUGCUGUAAUGGUUUGUCUUAAAUGGUGGUCAUGUGAGCUGCUUACUUUGCUGUCUGGCCUUCUGCCAAAUGCAAAGCUGGAGACUUCAGUGCUCUCUAUUUGCCUUACAAUUUCUACAUUGCACUUCACUGUAGCCUAUGGAUUUGGGGCUGCUGCAAGUACUCGGAUUUCAAAUGAACUGGGAGCUGGAAACCCACAAGCAGCUAGAGUGACUGUUUGGGCUACAAUGUUCCUUUCCAUCACAGAGGGAAUUAUUGUGAGCGUGACUCUCUUCUUUUGCCGCUAUGUUUUGGGAUAUGCAUACAGCAAUGAGAAGCAGGUUGUGAAUUAUAUCACAGUUAUGGCCCCAUUGAUUUGUCUCUCAAUAUUAAUGGACAGCUUACAAGCAGUUCUUUCUGGCGUUGCUCGAGGAAGUGGAUGGCAGCACAUUGGUGCCUAUGUCAACCUUGGGGCAUUUUAUCUGGUUGGACUCCCAGUGGGAGCUGUACUUGGUUUUGUUCUACAUUUAAGAGGGAAAGGCCUUUGGAUUGGGAUCAUUGCUGGGUCUAUUGUGCAAUCAACUCUUCUUUCUCUUAUAACAGGUUUCACAAAUUGGAAAAAACAGGCAGACAAGGCAAGAGAGAGGAUAUUUGAGAGGAAAUCUUCAGUGAACAGUCAAUCAGAUAGAAUUGACAAAGAAGCAACUUAAAGCAGAUGAUUAGUCACCUUUCAUCUUCAAAUUUAACUCUAAUGUAAAUCUAUUUGAAGAGUAUUCCUCUCAAAGUUGUGGAACUUAGUUGUGGGUCUUUUGUACAAAUAUGGUUAAUACUCCACACAUUGUGAAUGGAGAACACCCCAACCCCCCCCCCCCCCCCACCAACGAAAAAGGGGGACGUCAUGUGGUAUUAGGACAUCUUGUUUCACAUUGAUAUUUAGUAGUGGUAGACUGGUAGUUAGCUUAAUUGGUAAAUUUUUUUAAAAGCCAAUUGGUAUUUUGAUAUGAUAAAAAAGAGUAAUCAUCAUGGAUGUGGGUGCAAGUGCCCAUCCGUGGGUUCCUCCCUUUGCUAUGCACGUCGCGUGCUCUAAGGAAUACAGCACAGACGAGUGGAUCAGAGGAGGAGCGCUUAGUGGGAGUUGUAACCUGGUGUAGGUUUAGGAACCAAACUUAGACUCCUUGUAGAGGGCUUUGAAUAUCCAGAUUUUAGGUCUAGAGUUAAGGUAUGGAGAUGAAAAGGUGUUAAGCAUUCAACCCCGCCCAACUCUUGAGUCGGCCUCCACUCAUCAUGUUCCAUAUUCUAAUUCUAUUAAAGAUUCCUCUAAGAGCAUUCACAUUAGUCCGUAGAAAAUUUUCCAUCUAUUUUAGCAUAAGAAUUAACUUUUUCUAUU